UUCCUCCGUACUAUAUAACUCCAAGGAAACCCUUUCACACACUUCCCCCUUUUCCCUGCGUACGUACCCGCUCUCUCCGAGAUCCGUCAAGCAUACACCAAACCCUAACACCAACAAACAACACCGAUCGCCGAUUCUUCCUUCCUCAUUCUCCACCUAUUUCAGGGUUUCGAUAAUGGCAGCUCCAGCUCCGGCAACGCAGCAACCUGUUUCUGCCCAAGUUGUUGGCAAUGCGUUUGUUCAGCAAUAUUAUCAUAUACUACACCAGUCUCCUGGUUUAGUUCAUCGGUUUUAUCAGGAUAUCAGCAAACUUGGACGCCCUGAGGAUGACGGUUCCAUGAGCGUAACCACUACCAUGGAUGCCAUCAAUUCGAAAAUAUUAUCUCUUAACUAUGAUGAGCUAAGGGCUGAGAUCAAAUCCGUCGAUGCACAAGAAUCAUUGAGUGGCGGGGUGAAUGUUUUGGUCACUGGACAGCUGACUGGAAAAGACAAUGUUCUUAAAAAGUUCACUCAAUCUUUCUUUCUUGCACCACAAGACAAAGGCUACUUUGUGUUAAAUGAUAUGUUUCGUUACAUGGAGGAUGCUAUUCAUAUUGAUGGAAACAUCGACCCUGUUGAGGAUGUCAAGGAUUCCAUUGUUCCCGAGCAAGUGAUUGAAAGUGUACACGUGGAGGAGAAUCACGUUACCGAUCAACUUGUCGAACCACCAGAGGAAUCUCAAGCAGAAGUAGUGUUGAAUCCUCCAGAGAAUGUGGCGGUGGAAGUGGCUAUUGUGGAGGAAGAGGCGGUACCUGAAGUUGUCGAUGAAGUUGUUGAACCAUCACAACCGGUUGUUGAAUCUAGCACCAAGAUUGAAGAAGUCCCAAAGAAGUCAUAUGCUUCUAUUGUAAUGGACCUGAAGCAGAAUGGUGUUUCUUUUUCAUCUCCGGCAUCCGCACCGAGGAAACCGCAGCCAAGGAACCAAGAGCAGCAGGUGAACAACGUUCCACCAACUGUCGUAGCCCCCGAGGCAGCGGCUUCUAAUGUCGAUGCUGUUGAAAACGAUACUCAUGAGGAAGAAGCUGAUGGCUUCUCCAUCUAUAUCAAGGGGCUUCCCAUGAGUGCUACACCUGCUAUGCUGGAAGACGAGUUCAAGAAGUUUGGGCCUAUUAAGCCCAACGGCAUUCAAGUUCGGAGCAACAGGCAACAGGGAUUCUGUUUUGGAUUUGUUGAAUUUGAGGUGCCUGAUGCUGUUCAAAAGGCCAUUGAGGCUUCACCAGUCAUAAUCGGUGGGCGCAAUGCUGUUGUUGAGGAGAAGCGGUCCACUAACUCGAAAGGAACCCGUGGUGGAAGGUUUCCCGCCGGAAGGGGUGCUGGUGGGUUCAGGAAUGAAGGCCCGAGAGGCCGUGGAAACUACAGUGGUGGAAGAGGGUACAAUCGUGGCAGCGAAUUUGGCGGUGGAAGGAAUGAUUACGGCGGCAACAGAGGUGGUGGGCGUGGAGGAGCACCACCCAACCGUGGUGGUGAAGGAUAUCAAAGGGAGCGUGUGAACCGCGGAAUGGUUGUGAACGGAACCGCCAAGAAUAUGGCACCACGGGUUCCUGCAACUGCUUGAACACGUGAGUGCGGGUUUUUUUAUCGGGUAUUGGUAGCGAGGGGGGUUUAAAGACUUUGAUUGGUUUAGAUGGGAAUUUUUUGUCCAACUUGGUGAGGGUUGGGUUUUUGGUAAUUUUGUGUUGUGUAGUAUAGUAUUAUUCAUCCCAGCUAUUUGUAUUUUUUUUUUCAUUGGAAGUGGAUUUUUUGGUAGGGUUAGAUGAUGAUGAUCUUAUUGUUGCCUUGUUGGGUGCACAACUGCUUUAUUGUUGCAUGAUCAUGAAGAGAUCUAAGAUUUUGUGUUGGUUUCGUUUGUGCGAGGAUGACGCGUGUACAUGCGUGAGUUUUAUCA